CCUAGUGCUUUGCGCAAGCAAUGAUCAGUUUUAUGGUCUCAUUCCUUUGUGAGAGAAUGCCAUAACUCAAGAUAAUGGAUUUGUUGAAAAAACUAUCAAUGACUAUGGCUCACCAAAACAUGCGAGAAAGACUUGCCUAUGUCAGCAAACAUAUCAGAAAUAAUUGUUAGGCAUUUUGUUCUGGAUUUGACUUGUCAACUAAAACAAAGGAAGUUUGAGGGAUCUGUUAUGCUGUUCAGCCAACCUGCUCUACAUGAACAAUUACAACCUACAGAAAGUGAUUACAGUAAAGUGAAUACACCAACAACUUCUGUGAAAUCUGCAAAUAAUUCAAGCUGCAGUAACUCCAGUGAGGAAGCAAGUUGCCCUGGCUCAUACCUGUCAGAAUCUUUACAGACAGACGAUCUUCAUCAGCACAUUAAUGGAGUCGUUCUGUCAAAUUCAAACAAUGUCAAGAAUGAUUCUGCAUCAGGUAUACAUUCAGUAAACAAGUCUGAUUCUCAGAUUCUGGUGAAUACCAAAAAAAAACUAUUACAGCUGGUUCUUGAUUGUCACGAACUUGAUAUUCAAAGAGUAAUCAGCUACAACUUGUGUUGUGAAUCUUCCACUGACUUAAAGUCUGACGUAGGAGAGAUGCUCAGGAACCAUCUGAAAAUUGAAGAAGAUGGGUUGAUGUUUGAGCUACCUCCCAGCUGCUUCUUACAAAAAAGGGAACUGAAUUUAUGGCAGAAGAACAUUGCUUAAAGAUUUUUGCAGAGGAUUCUAAUAAAGCAAACACAUUUCCCUCUGUGAUUCAGAUCUGGUACUCUACAAAGCCAGAAGGUCCUUCGUUGAGCUGGACAACAGAUCAAGAUGGACAACCCUGCGUUUUUACAGUUGGACACUUACUGAGCAACCGUUCACUUUUUCCAAGUCAGGACUCACCUUCGGCAUUGUCUUCUUGGCAAGCAUCAGUAACUGUUGAUGAAAACUUAUCUGUUCUUAUGACAGGUGAUCAUCUGCCCACCAUUCUCACUAAAGAUUCAGGGAGAAGAAAAUUCUGCUAUGCUACAUCAUAUCCUAUGCCAUCCUCAACCUUUGCAUUGGCCAUUGGAUCUUGGAAAAUGGAAGAAGUUGUUCCAGUUUCUGUCCAUGAGCUGGAGCACAUGAGUGUACCGCCUAUACGUCUGAUUUUCCCAGAAUGCCUGAGAGAAAUCACUUCUGCUUUGCUCCAGUGGUAUCUACCAAGAUCUUUUCUGAAUGUACAAGCUUUGCUUGGAGUGUACCCAUUCCAUCGCCUGGAUGUUCUGAUAGUACCUGCAUGUUUUGACAGUCUUGGAAUGGCAAGUCCAAGUCUUCUUUUCCUGUCCCAGUCUGUUCUAUGCCCUGAUCACAGCAUGUGUGUCAGAGUUGCACAUGAAUUGUGCCACACAUGGUUUGGGUUGAUCACUGGACCACUGGACUGGACAGAGGAAUGGCUCACAGAAGGUUUCUGCACCUAUUUGGAAGAUAUUCUUCAUGCUCAAGUCUGUGAGAUGGGGACAGAGACAGAAUCUUAUAUGGAUCUAAGGGCUGAAUUACACCUGCGUCUCUUGAAGGGAGAGCUGUCACACACUGAUGAUGAACUUCAGACCCUCCGACCAAACAGAGGAGAGAACUCUGCAUAUGUUGGUACAGGAGAAACCUGCUUCCUCAAGAAUGGAAUGAACACAGUUAAAGUAUUCAUGCAAGUGCACUAUCUCAAGGGUUACUUUCUGCUUCAUGAACUUGAGCACCAUGUUGGAAGGAAUCAGUUCCUGUCCUUCCUCAGAAAAUACCUGCAAAAGUUUGCUCACAAGCUUGUCACAUCACAGGAUUUCCUUAACCUGUUUUUUGAAACGUUUCCAGACGUACGGACAGACGCAUUUUCAGUAGACACCAUCUACUCUGAUUGGCUCGAUCAUGCAGGGUUGCCAAAGGUCUUAAUGUCAAGUGAAAACGGAGGACGACUGCGCAGCGAGGAAUCAAAGAAGAGGGCGAACCAAAUCGCACAGCAACUAGCCCAGCUCAAAGACAUGGAUGCCAGGGCUCGCAAACGCAAGCGAAAAUAUGAAGGCUGCAAGAACAGUUUGGCCACGCUGGAGAAGCUGGAGUGGCCGGUCCAGAUUAUGCUUUUAUUUGAUCAGCUUUUAGAGGAAGAAAACCUCACUGGUGGAACUCUUGAUCUUUUGAAAGAAAUUUACCAUCGCCAUUUUGAAAAUGCUGAGGUGUUCCACCGCUGGUGUGAGCUUGUGAUAAAGCACAAGCGCCGGAAAUACUUCAGUGACGUCAGAGAUUUCUGGAGGAGGCACCAGGCGAUGGGCGUGUACCUCUAUGGAGAAGCCAUGAUAUCCGAGGACCCGGAUAUAACAAAGAUGGCACGCGAUUGUUUCCGGCAGCUGCAGCACGACAUGCCGGCAUCCGUUCGCGAGACUGUUUCCUCCAUGCUGUUUCCAUCCUGAAGAGCCGGGAGUUACCAUCAGGCAAACAGAGUACACGCUUACACUUUUCUGUCCAUUCACUGCUAAAAAAUAGGAUUUAUGGCUGAUGUAAUGAAGCAUUGAAGGUGUCCUCGCUGACUGGGGUCUGCCUACAGAGAGAUGAACCUGUGCAGUUAUUUGCCAUUCAGUACAAACGUCUUUUGAAUAAAUGAAGCGCGGAAUUGUAAUGUCCUCAGAAUGGGGCAUAAAGUCCAUCCUCUUUCUUUUUUGUGCCAAGAAAAAUAUUACCUGUAGAAAAAACACCAAUGGGUUGUAUAAAAUCUAGAGAUAUGUAUUGUCGUUCGUCUGGUUUGAAAAAUGUUCUUGUCGAAUGUUCAGAGUUUAAACAAAUAGAAAAUAUAGAUUUCCCACCUUCGGUUGUCACUCCCUCGCGUGCAGGCAUUGUCUUAUCAACAAGGGCUCAAUAAAAAAGGGAACUCAGCAAGGGCUGCGUUAUUUUACAUCAAAUUCCAGUCCCUUAGCGACUCGGUGACAGUAAAAAUCACUUCCGAUGUAGCUAAGACUGAGAGUUCUUUCUUUACCGCUUUAUGCUGGCAAUAAACAUUUUUUUUUUUUUGUCGGCACUGCCGCCUGUUUGCUGGAUGGUUGACCACUGCGCAAUAAAAACAGUUUGAACGACGCCAGGGUGAAACUUUACCAAAUCAAAUGAAGGCUUUAUUCUGUGCGAAUGGACUUGAAGAGAUAUGAACUUCUCUCGAGUUACCUAUUAGUUACCCUUGAUCAGUAAUUGCUUACAGUGUUACACAGCUAGCAGUUAGGCUGAACAGUUUUUCUUUCCUACCACUUACUCUCUCACCCUCUUCCCUCUAUUAUCUUUUCACGUUUUUUUCCCCUCGAUUUUCCUCUUUCUUUUAUUUAUUUAUUUAACUUUGUUGGGAGUGGGUAGGUGGUGGAAGUCGUUUGCCUGAUAUUGUCUAAGGACCGGUGGUGCUAUUUUCGUUUCAUGUCUGAUGAGUGGAUGAGUUAAAUAAUAACAGCAAUAAUAAAAUUUAUUUAUGUAGCGCUUCACCCACCAUGAAAGGUAGAAUCGAAACGCUUUACAAAGAGCGAAAAACAACAAAUCCGCAAUAAUAAUAAAAACUGGUCACAAAAAGAAAGAGUUCAGUGCAUGCCCUGGUGGUGUGGCUACUCGUGUUGAGUAGAUGAAUGUCAACAGAUGUGGACUGCAUCUUUGCCAUGGCAUGGAAUCUUCAAUAAUAAAGUUUUGCUUCGAAAAUAGCUGAAAGUUAUGAUGACAUUAGUACAGAAGCUCAGUCCUGGGUGCAGUGGCCUCACUUUGGCAGACAGAAACCUCGUUCCCUUGACACAACUCGUUACAACCUCCCGCUAACGGUCCUUGUAAGUUUAGCUGGAGAUGCACAAUGUCAACCACGUCACUUCCUUUACUGCGCACGCAGCUGGCUGUGACAGCGCGACAUCAGAACUUUCUGGAACUAUUGCAGAAAAACGAAUGUCUGAAAUCGAGACUGCUGAUGCACAUCUCCUAAAUCUACACAAGACAGCGCGGACUGGCAGAGAAAUAAAAUGGUCGAGAACAAAGAACAGUGGUGCCGCCAUAGAAAUCAGUCCAGGAACAGCAAACAGCGUAACGGAUGCUGGAAUCAAUGCCAGCUGCCAAACGAAGAUCAACUGGCAAAGACAAAGACCCUGUAGUCAGCUAGACUAAGGCACAGCACUCUCGACAGUAGUUGUGUAUUCUUGUGAUUAUUAUUAUUACGAGUUCCGGCGUUGUACGAUGUUCAAAAAUAUUGUUACUACAGACCUCUUAUGUAAAGAACAUUAACUACAUAAGUAAGAAUAGUUGAGCAUCUGAGGCAUGGCCCUCGCGACAUCUUUGAUCCGGAAGUGAUUAGAUAAAGGGCAGCAACACACUUCAGUUGACCGGAACCCUGUCCUCUUCACGGGGAGAUAACUUCCACAGCGCCUUGGGGCUCUCGGAAGCGAGAGCUUAAAGUCAGUUUUGAGAUGUGCACUCGCAGACGAGUGUUCUCGCCUGAAAGGUUUAAAAAUGCCAGAAAAGCUUUGUCCGCUAGAAGGCGCUGGAAAUAAGCAUAUGAUCAAAUGUUGUCACGCCCUGAAAUAAGCGGGAAAUGGCCGGCAAGAACGACCACUCUUAAUGAGAAAACUUCAGCUUGUGUGAGC